CCACAGAGCAGCCACAUCCCAGGAUCACCAUGAACCCUCUCAACCUGGACACGUACAGCCUGUCCCUCCUCGCGGCCAAGGAGGACAUCGUCAGCGGCAGGAGCUCCACCGACUGGGCCAUCUUUACUUAUGAGAAAAGCUGGAGCCUGAAGUUACAGGAUUCCGGAGCCGGAGGUCUGGAGGAAUUCAUUAAGAAGCUGAGCAGUGGAUCCGUCCUGUACGGUUUGUGUCGAGUGACCGACCCCAAUACCAAGACCCCCAGAACUGUCCUCAUUUACUGGGUUGGGGAACAUGUGGAUGAAUCACAGAGGGAGAUCAGCCGGAACCAUCUUCCUGCCGUGCAAAAAUUCUUCAAGGAGGCCAAUGCACUGGUCAGUGCCCAGCGGGUGGAGGAUCUGUCCUUGGAGGCCGUGGUGGAGGCAUUGACCAGAUCAGCACCGCCGGUCAGGACUUUCCACAGACCUCGGGUGUCUGGAUCCCACGAGGGGGUGGGUACAAAUUACCGCAAGACCAACCCGGCCGCCGAGAUGAGAUUCAGUAACAGGGAGUCCUUCUGGGAGAGAUCUGAGAGGGAGGAAGAGCGGCGGAAGGAGGAGGAGCGUCUCAGGAUUGUAGAGGAGCGGAUUGCGUUGGAGAAGGAGCGGAUCCAGAGAGAGAGAGCGGAGGAGGAGGAGCGAGAGCGCAGGAUCCGGGAAAAGGAGAGACUGGUGGAGGAGCAGAGGAAGGAGCAGGCACGGCUGGAGGCAGAGAAGAGCAGGAUGGAGAAGGCUCGAUGGGUCCAGCAGCAGAAAGAAUACGAGGAGGAGAUGAGAGGGAGGUUCAAACGCAGUCAGUCUAUCGAGAUGGCUGCGGAGGCAGCUCUGCUGGUGUCCCACAGGACCAUGCAUCCCCGGGAUUUCUUUCGGCAACAAGAACGAUCUGUUUCCUGCUCCUCUCCCCCGUCCACUCCGAAUUCCCCAUCCAGAUCUCCACAAGGUUUCUUUCCCAGACAGACUUUCCGGUACCAGCGCAGUCUGACGGAGUCCAUCCUGCCCCAGUCACCUCGAAGCCCUCCCUGCAGCCCCAGCACCCAGAACUGGAACCCCAUGAUGUCUCCUCCAGGGCCUCAGCCCUUAUCUCCUGCUUUCAUCUUCUCCAAGUCAGCUCUUCCAGCCACUUCCCCCAGGGCAGACUCCUUACCCUCUUUUAUACCACCUCCAAUUGCCCUCAAUCGAGCUGGGCCAUUCCAGAAUAAAACCAGCCCUCCCUCUCAUGUGCAGAAGGUGACCUCCCCCAAACUUUUACCCCAAGACUCCCCUGGAAGAGCUGAACCUGAUGCUGAGCAUCCACAAAGCCCACUGGAGGCCCAGCCCCCGCACAAUCGCUCUGGAGAUCUAAGCCAGCAAGCCGGGCCUUUACCCCCAAGUACAACACAAGCAUACACCACUGUGGAGAAAACCCUUAAAAGUGCCCCACUCACUGUGGAGACAACCCUUCAAACUACCCCACCUAGUACAGAUAUCAUCCCCCAAAUUGCCUCAUCCACUGUGCAGACCACCCCUCUAACUGCCACACCCACUUCAGAGAUAAUCCACCAGACUGCCCCAUCCUCUGUGGAGACAACCCUCCAAACUUCCUCGGCCAUGGAGGAGAUGCCCCUCCAAAUCACCCCACUGACUUCAGUAACCAUCCCCCAAACUGCCCCAUCUAUUGCAGAAAAUACUUUUCAAACUUCCCCAGCCAUAGUGGACCACACUGCCUCCUGCCCCAUCCUUCACAGCCAACUCCAUACCCAUUGCUGA